CAUCUGCCCAAUAGUACCCAAGCAGCAAAGUCCUAGGGACAGUUUCAGUUUUUAUCCUUCCUUCGUAGAACACCGCAAAAACCAACCUUUACUAGAGAGAGGAACGGAACAUUCGAGGAACAGUUACGACGACGGGUAGCUUUCCGGGAAAAAUGUCCGUCAAGUAACAGUAACGUUAGUAGUGUAGCUGCAAAAGGGAUCCUGUAACUUUAGUGUAUAGUUGCCAGUUUGCCGUGUUGAGUAUCCCCAGCGUGUAGAUUAGAGCGUCGAUAUUUGUAGUUAGCUAGAAGAAGGGCUCGGAUUUCUUUUGAUGCUUCGAUUAGCGCAUCCUGUUGGAAAGUCCUGCUCUGCCUGUCGGUCGAGGGAAUUUCUCGCUGCUCAUCCUUGCUGGCCUUUGUAGAGCGUGUGUUUUUCUGGGUCUUUUGUGUUCAAUGUCGUAAUUGAAGUUUGGUGUUAGCGUUUAAAAGCGUUGUAAGUGUUCAAAUUCUUGUGUGAUUUGGGUAAGAUGCUGGGGCAAAUGCAAUCGAAGGAACGUCGUCGAUGUUCCAAUUCGGAACCAAAUCGAGCGGCCUGGGACUCCCCUUUUGCGUGUGUUUACUAGAGCAAAGAGCAAAUCCUGUGCUGUGUAUGUCAGUGGAAAACAAAGAGCAGAAGAAAAGUGGGCCAAUUUUCCGGACGUGGAGAGAAAUUCCUUUUUUUCCGCUUAGCGUAGAAUAAACAAAUCCUAGUUUAGGGGGCGAAAAAUGCUACAGAAAGCUACAAAUUAAUCGCAAACAAACCCAGCAAACGUUUACGACUAACGAGACUAGUGUUUAAGCUUAGUGUUUAUCAUAUCUAUACAAAUAAAAAAAAAUCGCAACAACUAAUCAAACCGUGUAGCUAGUCUAUUCUCGCGCGUGUGAACAAAUCAAAUUUUAUCAACAUUUUACUGUAGUGAGCAUCGAUAGUUACAAAACGAAGAGUAAAUCAAAUCAACAAAUUUGUGCAUUCCUGGAGAAUUUUGUGUUCAACAGAAGACGAAAAUCGCGAAUAAAGGAUAUUAAAAUAUAAGCAAAAGCAAAAGCCACAAAUAAGCAAACGAAAGCGCUCUUCCAAGCUAAAUCAAAACCACCGCCACUGAGUAAAAGCGAGAGAAAUUUUCCCCAAUCCCAACAACCAGAAGGUUUUGAUUGGUACGCGUGAAAAGCCUACGAAAACCAAAGGAAAAUCAAACCAGAAGAAGAUGAAAAUUUCUCCAAAUGCAACAGGGUUCUAGCCUAGCAAAUAGAGAGUGUCAUGUUUGGGUACGGGAAAAAUCACGUUAAAGGGAGCCAAAAUUUGACGGAAAUUACGGUGCUGGCCCAGCAGCAAGCAGAAGGUGGACGGGAAAAUUGUGGCAUAUCCGCGUAAUGUGAGCCCUCCUCCCCCAGGCCGUCUGUGUCUGUGUUAGUGUGUGUGUCCUUAGUGUAGUGACAGGUACCGGACCAAAACAUUUGCUGUCAACCAACCGAGUUUAGUGAUGUGGAGCAGCGAGCCCAUCAUCGAUAGAUAGAGCCCGCAGUUCACAGUGAGACGUUGAGAAACAGGAGGAAGGAAAAUUUGCGAGAGAGCAACAACAUCGAAACGGACCUACCGCCUACCGGAAGCGUAAAAUUGCAUGCAAAAAAUCAACGAAAGGUUCUCGGCAAUGGUCAACAUAUUUCAAAGCAAAGCUUUAUGAAAAUCAGAAUAAAUUAAAACCAUUUGUCACUGUGAACAAACAUAAUUAGUACGGUCAUCCUCAGCAGCGCUUCCGAAAAAAGAGGCAACCGAAAUUCCAAGGCAAACAGAAAUAAAAAAAACUUAUCGCUUCCGGGCCGCGCAAACCAUCAUUAUCCUCAGUGCAUUCAUCCGGUCACUCCUCGGAAAUAGUACUAUCGAGACGAAAAAGACAGGGACAGCAAAAAAAAGUUCACUUUAUCAGUAAAGCGUACCAUCCACCAAUUCCCAACUCAUUCCUCGUCCCUCGGAAAGACGCACCCAGAAGCUGCUAACUGACCUGCUCGUUGGGGAAUGGCCGCAGCACCGGGAAGUCCACGCUCCGGAGAUGAGUCUUCCGAAAGUGAAAACGAAACCGAACCGGCCAAAAUUUUCCACCGGAAGCUGUCAACCAAGCGGGAUGCCAAAUCGGCGGCCGCCACCAAGGAAGGAUAUCUGAUGAAGCAAACAUGGUCGUUCCAACGAUGGCGACGGCGCUACUUUCGGCUCAAAGGUCACAAGCUCUACUACGCCAAGGAUAGCAAGAGUGAGCUAUUCGAUGAAAUCGACCUCUCCAACCUGUGUUUUGCCGAGUGCAGUACCAAGAAUGCGAACCACAGCUUUCAGUUAAUAACACCGACCCGCUCGCUUGUGCUGUGUGCUGAGAAUCGUCGCGAGAUGGAAGACUGGUUGCACGCCUUGAAGGCCGCCUCCUCCAGGGAGUUCUUCGAACCGGGCCCUCCGGAUCAGCAUGAUUUCCUCUCCGGACAUCACAAUUGGUAUGCGACAUCCCACGCCCGGCCAACCUACUGCAACGUGUGCCGCGAAGCGCUUUCCGGCGUAACCUCUCACGGAUUAUCCUGCGAAGUCUGCAAAUGCAAGGUGCACAAACGAUGUGCCGCCAAAGCAAUAUCCAACUGCAAAUGGACCACCCUCGCUUCGGUCGGGAAGGACAUCAUCGAGGAUCUGGACGGGAACAUCGUAAUGCCACACCAGUGGAUGGAAGGCAACCUGCCGGUGUCCUCGAAGUGCAUGGUUUGCGACAAAACUUGCGGCUCGGUGAUGCGCCUGCAGGACUGGCGCUGUCUCUGGUGCCGCUCGACUGUCCACACCGCCUGUCGACCCCAGGCUCAGGUGGGCUGCCCCCUCGGACCGGCCCGGGUUUCCGUCGUUCCGCCCACCUCGCUCCAUUCCAUCGGCAUCGAUGACGCGUGGGACGUUUGCAAACCGCACGGAAGCUUCUCGCCACUGCUGGUAUUCGUAAAUUCUAAAUCCGGUGACAAUCAGGGCGUCAAAUUUUUGCGACGCUUCAAGCAGCUGCUGAAUCCGGCCCAGGUGUUCGAUCUGAUCUCGACCGGUCCCGGGCUCGGGUUGCGGCUGUUCCGACAUUUCGACCCGUUCCGGAUACUGAUCUGCUCCGGGGACGGAUCCGUCGGAUGGGUGCUCAGCGAAAUCGAUCAAUUAAAUAUGCAGAAACAAUGCCAAAUAGCGGUGCUUCCACUCGGAACCGGAAACGACCUGGCCCGGGUACUCGGCUGGGGAAGUUCCUGCGACGACGAUGCACACCUGCCGCAGCUGCUGGAGCGCUACGAGAAGUCUAGCACCAAGAUGUUGGAUCGCUGGAGCGUGAUGGUGUUCGAGCGGGACAUCGGCCUGGCUGCCCCAAUGCCGGUCCCGACCCGGACCCCCAAGAUGUCGAUCUCGCACCAUCCGGAUCCGGUGCUGUUCCAGUACGAGGACGAAGCCCUCGGGCAUCUGCAGUCAAUUGUGACCAACAACGACGACAACGGGGCCGCGGCGCUGCUCCAGUCGACUCGAGAACUGUGCGGAACGGUCAACGACUUUAUCACUAGAGUAAGGGAAAAUAGCUCCGACGAAGAGCAAUUAAGCAUCAAAUGUGAUAUUUUAAGACAAAAAUUAGGUAUGUUUUUAGAUACUCUGAAGGAAGAAGAAGCUGGUCUUCAUGGUGACGACGAAUUAUUCCGAACAUUGAAAGAAAUUGCUCAAAAAAGUGCCUCAGAAAGACCAAUUGAUACGAAAUCGACGACGAUAGAGAAAAACGAAAAAGACAAACUGAAUUCCAAGGAACGAACCAGCAGACAGGACCGUCGCUCGGAGAAGGAAGCACUGCUCUGUAGGGCCAACAGCUUGAAGCGAGCCAUACAGGACGUGAUGAAGUGUAGUGAGUCAAGUAUGUUCUACGUGCCCCCGAAGCGGAUGUCGAUAUCGUUUAACACUCGAGAGGGCUCUCCAGGAGCUUCGCCCAUUCCAGUAUCGUUGCAACACACGAUGGCAACGAUUUCACCAUCAGUGUCCACCUCUAGACUAACCUGCAUAUCUCCACUUCCGGAUGUUCGUCGGGAUUCGAUGGAUGACCAAUUCUUCAGCAAUCUCAGCCUACCGGUUCCGAAACAAUUCGCUGACGGUGGCAGUCGUCGAAGCUCCGGAAUACCCGAAAACUACCGGAUAUCCAGCAUCGAAGAACUUGAAGAAAACAGCGUCCAUACCGAACCCAAAACCAACCACAUUCCGGAGAUUAUCGAUCCACAUGCUUUCAAAGACUGCGACGAAGACUGCGGAGACAAUCAAGGGAAAGACGAUAAAGACGAUACACUGAACCAGAAAUCAACGACAACGACCACCUCAGACUCACAAUCUACCACGGCUCCGUAUGAUUUCUCCUUCGAAUCGGACACCAAGACGGUCAAGUUCGAUCUGGAAGCUAGCGGAGCCUUCGAGCGACUCGGCUUCAAACCCUUCAAGAAAGCACUGGAACAGCACCAGCACAAGAUACAUCAGGUGAACAAAGCGGACACCGGGCUGCUGCACUUUCAACCCAUAGAAGUAUACGAACGGAAUCUCUACCGGAAUCAGCAACGAAGAAGCUCCCUCGGUGGUCGGGGCUUGAACGCUUCUAACAUGGAACAUCAAUCGUCUAAGGUAGGCUGUAAUAUGCUGCAGGUGCCCAGCAUUUGUCUACCGAGUUUGGAGAAGCCACCGGAAAACAUGUACUUCAGCGAAAACAUCACUAUCAUCGAUACGGAUAUGCCGCAAGAGCGAUCUUCAUCCGAUGAGGCGCCUGGAGAAGCAAGUGACGUUCUUUCAGCAAUCAGCAACGAAGAAUGUAGUGUCACGUCGGAAAUUCUGGAUCGUCCUCCGGAGCAUCACAACUCGCAGCUGCACAUAGCCGAUUUGAUUCAGGACCUAGACACCGAUCGCUUCAGCCACAUCGAUUCACCCGAAACGAGUGACACUACCGAUGCGCUACACGGCGAAAGCCUAAUGGAUGACAUCAGCUCAGUUUUGGGUCAAGACCUUCUAGGAGCCUUACAGGACAACACCAUCACCGAGGACACGACCACCCUGUGCACCCUGGAUCACACCAAGCGACGAAGUUUCAAGAACAAGCAGAAACAACAGCAGCAGCAACAGCAACAACGAAAGGGAAGCAUCGAAUUGGAUCAGUUCGGGUUCGAGAACAGAGUCUUCGACAUCGACAAUCGCUGCGACGAUCAGAAGGUUCGAGAGCCGAGGUACUGCAGCUUGGCAAAGUUUGUCGAGGGUAAUGACAUUGCGCGGAAGAGUUUCAAGAAACCGGCUGGAAGGGGUCCUCCAUCGAGAAGUUUGGCCAGUAGAGCGUUUCAAAUGUUAGAGAAUGAGUAUGAAAAUACUAAGAGUUUGGCAGCCAGUUUGCUCCAACCUCAUGGAUCACCGUCGGAUGUUUCAGCCUCGGAAACGGAUACCGUAAGAUCGUCUGGGAUUGAAUAUCGUAAGCUUAGUUCCGGGGCUACUAACCCAGAUGAGGAUAGUUUGUCAGAGGUGGACAAUAAGGACGACGAUCGCUCGGAUGAUUCCGAAGGGGCAGUUGGAGGUGGAUUGGAAGACGACGAUGAUGAUGAUGAUGACGACGAAGACAAACAUCAUUCUUUCGGUAUGCCCAAUAUACCGACAAUCAAUGUAGUUGUUGAGCCACCUUCACCAGCAAUGAGCGAUGAGAUACGAUCUUUACGGGUUCCGGAAAUUCGGCGGCACUCAAGCCAUACCCCAAAUACCCUGGCACCCAGAGAAAUAGACAUCAACCGUAGGCAUUCCGGUAAUAACCCGAACCUGCUAGGAUUGGAUUCGGAACACAUCCGGUUCCUAAACUGUUCACCAGCAGCUUCCAGACGGAUCAGCAGUGGAAGUUUGAUGUUCAAGCCGGAAGCUUUGGGAACGUCAAAGAGCAAUAUUCUUGGUUCGAAUUUGGGUCUGUUCAACUUCGACCGAGAUGCUGAAAGCAAGGAGGAAGCCAAAAAGAAGAAAGAAGAAAAAGAAGAGAGAAACAAGAAACUACCUAUUAUCAAUCCACUGGUUCGGCUGCCUUCGUGGCCGAAUGUGAGCACUGGGUUUAUUUCAAAAUGUUUACUAGCCAAUGCGGAUACUCUAUGCGCAGCUGUUAGUCCCUUGAUGGAUCCGGAUGAAACCCUCAUGGAAGGCUACUCUGAAAAAGCAGUGAUGAACAACUACUUUGGGAUUGGAAUAGAUGCAAAGAUAUCCCUGGAUUUCCAUCUGAAGCGCGAAGAACACCCGGAAAAAUGUCGAUCCCGAGCGAAGAACUACAUGUGGUACGGAGUGUUGGGAUCGAAGCAGUUGGUCCAGCGAACCUACAAGAAUCUGGAACAAAAAGUUCAGCUGGAGUGUGACGGUCAACGAAUUCCUCUGCCAUCAUUGCAAGGCAUCGUAGUACUGAACAUACCGAGCUUCAUGGGAGGCACCAACUUCUGGGGCAACAAAAAGGUGGACGAUUGUUUCCUGGAGCAAAGUUUCGACGAUAAAAUCCUGGAAGUGGUAGCCGUUUUCGGGUCAGUUCAGAUGGCUGCAUCCCGUUUGAUAAACCUGCAACACCACCGGAUUGCCCAGUGUCAUAGCAUUCAGAUUAACAUAUUGGGUGAGGAGUGCGUUCCAAUUCAAGUCGAUGGAGAAGCCUGGCUACAACCACCGGGUAUGAUUCGGAUCAUCCACAAAAAUCGGGUCCAAAUGCUGUGCCGAAACCGCAGCCUGGAGAUGUCCCUCAAAACGUGGCAGGUAAAACAGCGGCAGCACAGCAUCUCCCUGUCCCGAGAGCCUCCGUCAACAGGUUCCGAGCAUCUCGUAGCACUCUCCGAAGAUAUUUUCUCUGAAAGGGAAACCUAUCUGUUGCUGAAUUUCAUCGAAUGCGUUAGCACCCUGGUCAAGUGGGUCAAGUUCCUGAUCAUAUCGCAUCCCUCGCUACAGCCGGACCUCUACGCUAAAGCUUCGAAGACGGCCGACGCGCUGGAGUCGAUUCACCCCGGUGGAAAGAUCAUCGAAGGGCCUAACUUGAGGCGUCAGUUGACGGAUUUGGUACGAGCUUCAAGGCAGCUGUACGAGGACACGUGUGAUUUGCUACGGGAGCGUAGUCACAGUUUGAUCUUGAGGGAAGAUUUGGAGACCAAGUUGAGCGUAUCGUUGGCCAAUAUGGAGAUGGAACUGGGCAAGUGUAGUUUGCAGCAGACCAACAACGGAGAGACCAAGGUUUAUCUGAACGUGCUAGCUCCCAAUGAGGAGGUAGAUCAUCGCAAGAAGCAGAAACCGUUCUGGUUACGUUUCCGGGGUCAUCACGGGCAUGGCCAGGGAGUGGGAGCGGCUGCCUCGACCACCGAGCGAGAUACCGUCAGUGCUUGGGGAGUUGGGGAAGUUGUCACCUGGCUGGAAGCCAUGCAAUUGUCAGAGUAUGUUGACAGUUUUAUCAAGAACGACAUUCGAGGCAAGGAGCUGCUAACGUUGGCUCGCCGGGAUCUGAAGGAUCUGGGAGUCACUAAGGUGGGUCACGUGAAGCGUAUCCUGCAGGCCAUCAAAGACCUUGGUGGCGCAAGUGUUUAGGAAGUUUGAUAGGUGAGAUUAGUGGGUUAGAUAAAAAAAGAGGCUAAAUUAUAUCUGAUAUAUUGUUUUAGUAGUGUUGUACUCGAACUUAAGUGCUAGUAUAAUUCGUGGGUAACGAAAGCAAUCUAUCCGAGAGUCUUGGUUCAAACGGUGAAGUAAUGUUUGAAGCAUAACUUAGUUCUACGAAUAAUUGUAGAAUCAUUGAAUCAAUUCUUGAGUAGAAAAACAUUUAAGAUACAAACUAAAUAAACUGCUUUAGAUCUGACAAUUUCAAAAAAAAAAAAAAUUACCCAUCAUCGACAAAAUAUAAAUCAGAGGUUUUAUUUCAACUCAAAUUUUGAACCUAGACUCGCGGGAUAGAUUCAAUCUUAAGCAGUUGUCGAAAAACACAAACAUUUAGAAGAUGAGUUAAUGCAAUCGAUUAACGUUUUGUAAAACUACCGAGAAAGCUUUUACAUUCAACCGCAACAAACGCGAUACUCGAAGACUAUGUUCUCUCUCCCUAUGUUGAGAAGUUUUCGGUUGCUACAAGACAUCAUAAAAUGUUCCAAUAGGCAAAGACGAGAUACGAUCAAUGGGAUUCGUGUAAGUUCCAGUAGGAUUGGGCGUGGUAGAUUCCAAAAAUGACUAUAAAAUGAGAUAAAUUACUAAGAGAUGGUCUAAUGUUGGAUAAUUUGUAAAAUCCAUCUCUUCUACGAAUUAGAUGUUUACAAAUAAACGACAAAGCAAAGAAAAAUACAUGAAGUCAAUAAGAAAUAACGAUUACACUUAUUCAAGAUAAAUGAUCUGACUACAUUUACACACGAAUAAAAUAAAAAAGCAGUUAUGUGAAUAAUCUCUUCACACAAAAAACUUUAACUAAAUGUAAGUGAUAACUUAAGAAACGCUACCAGUUGUUGAUAAGAUAAAAUGUUUCCGUUUACACUGACUGAGAGCAAGUGCUAGGGUAGAUUUGGGAAGAUAAGAGCCCCCGCAAUGAGGUGAACUCUGAGAGGAUUUGAGAUUUAACUAUUGAAGAAAAAAAAUUAGAACAAAAAAAAGUGAAAUACUAGUCAACUCCUGAAAGUAUACCUCAUUGCAGUCAUUCUGACCUUUUUCUCCUCUCUCAUGACUCUGUUCUCGUCUCGCUCCUUCGUUGAAACAAAUUGAGUGUAACAUUAAAUAUACAAAUUUAAACAUUGAACAAAAUAAAAUAAAAUAAAAUUACAUCCAUCAAUUCUAAAACGAAACUUAAAAAACCAUUCAAACUUUAAAACAGAACACUAAUAUCCUUAUAACACAUAUGAUCAAAGCGUAAAACAAAAGUGUUAGUAUAUUUUCGAACAAAGCAAAACAAAAAAAACGAAAAGCAGAAUUUGCCGAUUUGUGUUCCUACUUUAGUGCUGUUGAGUGUCUAUUAUGUGCAAAACUCUAUCGAAUAGAUGAAGAUCCAAAGUAACAAUUAUACACUUUAAAAGCUGUUAUACAAGUAUUGCAAUUAUUCAUUCACUCAAAACAGUUUACGAAAAAGAAAUAAGAUUCAACCAAGAACUUGGAACAGUUGGAAGCAAACAACCCUGGGUAAGAGAACAAAAAAAAAACAAAUCAAUUUAAGCAGUAAAUCUUCGUAGGCAAUUUAAGAAGUGUUAAACAUUAUUCCUUUUAGAAAUCAAUUAUCACGAAAUCAUUGAUAUUAUUAUUGUAGCGUUUAGUCCCGUCUUGCUGAGGGAGAAAAAAAACGGAAAAAUAAAUUGAAUGUACUUUCGAUUGGGAAAAUCCAACGGAUGGGGGCAUGUAGAUGAUUUGUUGAAAUUUGAAAAAAAAACAGUUACAUACAGAACGGCGAGAGAAUUUUAGAUUUCAGUUAUAGCGUUUGAUUUUGAACGAAAAAUAAUGUUCUUCAGUUUUAAAAAUACAUUGAAGUGUUUUGUACAAAAGUCCUUUGGUUUAAAACGGUGCUUAACAGAGAUUUGUUCUUGCUUGACAAAUUUAAACUUUGAUUUGAUUACAUUUUUUAUUACUCUCUAAAACUCGCCACCAGCCCAAGACAAUCUAUUAGCAUCACUUGCCACCAUCUUGAUUGGAUUGUGAUAAAAUUGUUCCCUUACAAAUAAAAAUAACCUAGUUACUCAUAAAUUAUUUGUGGAACAAAACUUUCAAAAGGACUAAUUUUCCCAUGUGUAGCUUGUAAGACUGUAUGUUAGUGUGAAUGUGUAAUUUGUGCGAGUUCAAAGUGGUUUGUAUGACCAGUAUAAUCACAACAUACGCGGUUCCUUUUCCCUAAAAUAUGUUCAAUCCAGAAACCUAAAAAAAAAAGAAACAAAUCAGUAAAUCACGUCAUUAUUGUGUAUUGGUUAAGGAAACAAUAUGAGUCAUACAAAGCAUAAGAAAAAUCUUCCACAAAAUUGUUGAACAAUUAAACGGAGAAAAAUAUUCCGAAACCUUAAUUCGAUAAGCAAAAAUAAUUAACAAUUAAUGUACUUUUCAUGUUAUACAUUUAAUCAUCGAAUGAUAAGCGGAUUUCUUCCCUAGAUUAAUUCUUUGUUCACAAAAGAAGAAUAUUUUCUUAGAAUUAUGGAUUAAGAGCAGUGUUUGGACAUUCUACAUGACCAUUCUAACUACGCCAGUUGAAUGUUGAUCAUUACUGGUGUAGCUAAGCAAAAUAAUUAAUCGUUCUAAAAAUCCUAGAAAUACGUUAUAGAUUUUGAGAUAAAAAUAGAUACCGGUAAUUUGAAAACAUUUUCUUAAAAAUUCUUUUCCAAAUCGACUUCAGAAUUCACAGUACAAAAGUAGGUAAUUGCAUAUCUACAGGCGUCAGACAUUUUUUGUUAAAAAAAAUCCUUGGGAUUAUUGAAAUAAUAUGAAAUCAGCCGCUUACUUAAAGCACACAUAUCUGAGUUUUAUUCAGCGAUAUUCAAUAGUUAUUGGGAUCAUCUUUAUUUCCUCCAGUUAUCCAAUGGUCACGUGUUCUAAUAUUUUUGUACCUUGAAUUCUGACUGUCAAUUGUAAAGUCAAAAUUUCCGUUAUCUUCCAUAUAAAUCCGUUAGCAAAUGUUCAACACAUCCCUAAAUGUAUUUGAAUGAAAUCCCACAAAACGAAAAAAUGAAACAAAAUUAUCCAAUAUAAAAACGAAAAACAGACUCACAAUCAUAUUAAUCUAAAUUUGUUCAAUAUAUAUUAGAUGUUUGCAGUUCGUUAGUCAUUCAUUAAACCGAGUUUAUCGGAUCAUAACUAUUCAGAUUAGAUUUAUAAGUCAUGAAACCGUUUAUGAAACAACACGUGGAGUUUUAUUUUCCCAUUUAGCUUUCCGUUUCUGAAACUUUUUCAUACCUGACACAAAUCUGGUACAAACUCCAUUAUUACAACAAUUGUUAUUGAAUCAGAAUUUCCCACCCACACGUUACAUUUUUGAGUCCGCCAAACUCCUGGAUUAAAUUUUUCGAUGUGCUAUCAUUGCUUGAAGGACCAAUCGAAUGAAAUUCUACAACUUUCAUUGACCAUACAAAUUUUCGCCGUCAACCUAAAUCUUUUAAACGAAAAAAAGAGCAUAAAAUAACCAGCCUAUAUCUUGCUAAAAGCACUAACCGGACACUACGGGUACCAAAGUAUCUAGUACACGAAAUAAAACUAAAAAUCAAAAUAAAUCCAACCAAAUUCAGUACUCCGUUGAAGAAAUAAAACCAAAGAUUUUUCGACAAUGUUUGAUGAAACUUCAGUUAACCGGAAAGUUUAGAAAAAAAAACGAAGAAAAAACUGAAACUGUCACCUAAACAACGAUUCUCCAAUGUCUUCAAAAAUAAAAGCAAACAUAAACUUGCAUAAAUUCUCUAAGAAGUCAUCCUGUUCUGUAACGAAUAAUUAAAAACUGAAAUCAUUCACACUCUAGCCGAGUACGAGUUUCAUCUUCUCAUUACUAUCACCUCAUUCUUUUUUGAGACUGUCAUCAAAAAUAUAUGUAUAUUUACGCAUUUAAUCUGUGAUAUUUUCCGUGCGAUCAUCCAAUCAGGAUUAGAGAGCCACCCAAAAUUGGAAUCUAAAAUCUAAAAGUCAUUGAUCAACUAACAUUGAAACAAACCUUAAAAAAAUCACGCAAAGCAAAUGAAAAAAAACAAUCAUUUUCCUUAAUCAAAACCUAAAAAACCAUCGGAAUCCAAAUUCCAUAUAAAUUAAAUUUUGGCAAAACUCUUCCAAUUCUUUAUCAAAAAAUAAAACUAUUUCAAACAUCCAAUAAAACUAAUCAAAACAGUAGAGCAAUCCCAUUGGCGGUACCCAACGUAUCAUCCUUCAUACUUGGCCGAAGAGAAAACAACGGAAAGGAUUUGUAAGCCAACAGCUGUGUUUUCAAAAGGCUGUUCAAAACAGAAAAGGGAGAAAAUAUAUACAUAUAAAAAAACUAACAUUCUAAAUAAAUGCAGAAACUGUUCGUUUUCUACGGUCGGGGACUCAAAAAAAAACGAGACUCGCCGGGACUGUGUCACAACAAAUGUUGCAAGUUAAGCUAAGAAACAAGAAUGAAGAACAAAAAAUCAAUCAACUAGCGCCUAAACAGUUUACAAUGAACAAGUACAUAAGAGAAGAAAAAAAUACUACAAGAACAUAGAAACUUUGGAACAAAACAAACUUAGAAGGGAAAGAGUGGAACCAGUUAAAGAAACAAAAAAAAAACUUAAAGUGCAAUAUUACCUACAAAAAAGAUGGAAACAAAAUCAACCUACCAAAAAAAAAAAAGAAUUAUAAGUCCCAAAUUUAAAGUAUGAGUUGAACUCCUAUCUAAAACAAGCAAACAAAAUCCACGUUUAUGUACUCUUCUUCCAACAACAAACAAAAAUAAA